UUUACGGGGUCUCCCAACUCUUCUUACAUACAUACAUACAAAGUCAUACUCUUAUCGAGUUGUAGCAUUAACAAAGUUCCGCUUUCAGUGCGAUCUAUCAUUCAUCAUUACAGUUUCCAACUCUUGUUAGAUCAGGUUUAACUCACAGGUAUUUACCAAUUACAAUUUACAUGGUCAUUUGAAUUCAAACCCACACAUAAAUGAUCAUCACAGCCAGAUACCGCCCAGGAAGACCCCAUGUGGCAGGACACCUCUUCUACUUCUAUGACGGUGACUGCCAGAGUAGCAUGGAAGAGAUCAUUUCUAACUUUCGGCAGCUCUUCAGCCAGUUACCGUCCAGUCAGUCUGCUGGAGACAUCUCCAUUCAACUGGACACACUUGAGCUUGACUGUGGAGGACAAGCAAGGAGCCCCGAUAGCACGAAGAGAUAUUUCCUUAACCGACGCGUUGAGAGAGAUGCAGACGGCUUCACUCUCCACUUUGAAGUUGUGGCCACGUCUGCGCAAGAGACCAUUACUGAAAACGUGCAGUUUGACCUUGUGUUUGCCUUGGACGACAUCUACUUCGAGAUCGAAGACAAAAUGGCGUCCGAUGAAUUCAACAUGGUCAUCGGAGGACAGCCGGCCAUGGCAGGGUCUUUUGACAUGGGUUUUGCAGAGAUAGACGUCAACUGCACUGACGGACAGCUCUCGUACAAGGACGACUAUCAAGCAUAUUGCACUGACUGUCCACGAGGAACGUUUCAUGCCGCAACCACCGACACCUGUGAGGACUGCCCUGUUGGACAGUACCAAGACGUCUCUGCCCAAAGUGCCUGUAAAUUCUGUCCCAGCAAUACAUGGACAGUAUUCCCUCGAUCAGUGGAAGUAUCAGAAUGCGUCUCGUUCUGCGAUGGAAUACAGGGUCCGUGUUCCAGUUGCAGAUACGAGAAGAGGCAACUGAUGUGUAAGUGUGACGUCGGGUAUUCUGGAUCCAACGAUGGACUGACCUGCGGGAUCGAUAGUGAUCAAGAUGGCUACCCGGAUGCUUCCUUGCCUUGCAACGAUACAUCUUGUCAACAGGAUAACUGCCCACGGACUCCAAACAGCGGACAAGAGGACGCGGACGGCGACGGUUUAGGCAAUGCAUGUGACGAUGAUGCAGACAAUGAUGGUUUUCUCAACAUCUUGGACAAUUGCCCACUGGUUGAUAACUUCCACCAGACGGACAUAGACGGGGACGGGGUGGGCGAUGCUUGUGACAACUGUCCGAUGAACAUCAACUCUGACCAGAAGGACACCGACAACGACGGUUUGGGUGAUGCUUGUGAUCAGGACAGCGAUGGAGACGGCAAGUAA